AUGCUGCUGCCUUUAUGCACACAUAUGAAGCAUGAGCCUGGGAUGGAUUUGCUUGGUACGCUACGUGCGAACAUGCGGGAGUUGACUAGACAAACAGAGCUCCUUCAGGCCGAUGGUUAUGAUGCUGCACGGCCACACAAGUGCAUAUAUGCGCCAUGUACAAAGGCAUUUGCCCGUCGCUCAGACCUACAGCGUGCACUGAAUGUACAUCUGAAUGUCCACACUGGCGAGAGGCCAUUUGUGUGCACAGAAUGCUUCAAAGCCUUUGCUGAUACCAGCUCGCUAGCUCGGCAUCGGCGCACGCAUUCAGGACGACGGCCGUACAAAUGCCAAAUAUUCGGCUGCGGUAAAGAGUUUUGCCGGCGAACAACACUCACGAAGCACAUGCGCCGUAUGCACCCCAUUGACGACCAUCCCAUGACGCCGUCAUCUGUCCUCACAUUCCCACACAUGCCAGCGGUACCACCAAUCACAGCAACGGCGAAAACCGCGCAAUGUGGCACGGUGAAGGGAUUAGCGACAAUGGAAGUCAUGGCAGAUAGCAAGAGCAUCGAUGUUGGCGACGACAUGGCCGGUGCCGGUGCCGAGAAGACUGUCAGUUCCCAUGGCAUCCGCUUGUUGGACAUACACUUGAUGCACGAGCCAACUCAUGGCGAUGCAUCAGGCCAGGCCACUCCCACGUCGCCCGUAAUGCUAACGACAUCAGCGUCGCCCCACGCGUCGUGCUCAAGCAUGACGACAUCUGCUCAGAGCUGGGGAUCCCCGCUUGCUCACACAUUCCCAAGCACGCCUGUACCAGUGCUACUCCAUUUUCCUGCAUGUACUAAGGCGUCACCUGGCUACAAAGACAUGACUCUCACUGCAGCGUGUCCCACACAUUCUGCUUGGCCCCGUAGACAGUAG